CCUUAUUCACUCCUUUUUUUUUGUUCGUGUUACGCUGUGCUGUACAAGACGUUCUUUUGGUGAUUCAAGUCCCUGGUGGAUUUAAACACUCUUUUCUUCAACCCAUUCAACACAACACAACACAACUCAACUCAACUCAACUCAACGCCAACUACUUACUCUCACUAUCAACCAGUCUUCACAAUGAAGUUCACUACCCUCUCUCUCAUGGCCUCUCUGGCCUCGCUCUCAACUGCCUCCCUCUCCGCAGUCCCCAUCAUCGAAGCUAUAGCCCCCAAAUCCAAAAUCUGUCCCACCGGCAACAAAGAAUGCCGCACAGCAACCCAAGCAGCCCCCUUCAUAAUCUCCAGCUUCCAGUCCCAACAAAUCUACUCCCCCGCUGAAAUGGCCGCCGUCCUCGCUCUCAUGGCAUUCGAAUCAGGAGACUUCCAGUACAAACGGAAUCACUUCCCCGGACGUCCAGGCCAAGGAACUGCGAAUAUGCAAAUGCCGAAUUAUAAUCUUCUGUACGCGAAGAGUAUUCCGGAGCUGGCCAAGGGGUGGCAGGGUAUUGAGAGUACAGAGGGACUGUCGGAUCAGGAGCUGGGGGAUUUGUUGGAUGAUGUUACGGUUGAUAAGUAUAAUUUUGGAAGUGGGCCUUGGUUUUUGAGGACACAGUGUAAGGAGGAUGUUAGGGAGGCAUUCAAGACGGAUGUUGAUACGGGGUUUCAGAAGUAUAUUGAGGAGUGUGUUGGGACGGAUGUGCAGCCUAGGUUGGAGUACUUUCAGCGUGCUAAGAAGGCGUUUGGCUUGUAGAUGGUUCACGUGCUCUGUUUUUCAUUCUCUAGCUGAGGGGUUUAUUCCGUAUGAGUUGGUCUAUGUAUAAGCCUAGUUCAUUAUGUAUGGGUUGAGGUUUGUGUAUAAGUUGAGAGUGUA